AACACUAACAAUUGUCUCUUUCCAACGCUUUUAGCCUCUUAUCAAAGAAUCCGGGGUUGACCUGUUUGCGGGGUUUCAUUCAUCUUUUCUCAACGUCACCGAGCGCAUAGAUACGGAUAGCAACGGAUAUUUCUAUCGUCACCUUUUUGGGGGAGGAAAGAGAAGGACAAUAUCACAACGGAAUGAUUUCCGAAUCUCUUGGUCUGACACAGUUUGUAGCGACUGUGGGAGUUGUGGGUAUCGUGAUUGCUACAGUUGGAUACGUCGCCUACAAUCGCCUUCUCCAUCCAGUACGACACGUCAAAGGCCCGUUCCUCGCAACUGUUACGCCAUGGGUACAACUCUACCACGGCCUAAAGGGUGACCGACACCUAUGGCUGCACAACCUGCAUCAACAAUACGGUUCCCAUGUACGCGUAGCCCCCAAUUUCGUCUCUGUCAAUACUUCCCAGGGUCUGCGUGACAUUUACGGUCACGGUAAAAAAUUCAAAAAGGCGGAUUUCUACCACGGUUUCGCUGCCAUCAAGGGUGUAUACAACACUCACAAUGCAAUCGAUAAAACCAUCCACGGCAAGAAACGUCGUGUUCUGAGCCAUGCGUUCUCUGACCAGGCCCUCAAGGAGAUGGAAGAUGUCAUGUUGAUCCACAUCCGUCAACUUUGUGCCGUGCUAGGUGAAGAGCCCCGAUACGCGAGUGAUACCAUCUUGCCGAACGAGUAUAAGACGGAAAAGGGCCAGAUUGUGCGGAAUAUGAGUAACUGGCUGGGCUUCAUGACCUAUGAUGUUUUGGGAGAGUUGUGUUUUGGAAAGAGUUUCAAUCUGUUGAUUGAUGGUGCGAGGCGGGAUAUGGUUCAUUUGGUUGAUCGAGCUGCCUAUCGGCACUAUGUUUGCGGCCUCUGGAUGCCUCUAGAUAGAUGGGGUCUGGACAAAAUCUUCAUCCGGAAAUUGACCAUGGACCGAUGGAAUUUCAUCAUGAAAUCACGCGCCGAAGCCACGGAACGAGCCAAGGAGCGAGUCGAAGCAGGCCAUGAAGCAAAAAAGGACUUUUUCUACUAUUUGCUAAAUGCAAAAGAUCCCGAAACCGGCGAAGGCCUCUCAAUGAAAGAGUUAUGGGGUGAAGCAAAUGUGCUCAUGGUCGCAGGAAGUGAUACCACAUCGACAAGUAUUGUAGCAACAUUGUUCUAUCUCGUUCGACAUCCGGAAGUUAUGAGCAAGCUGAAAAGGGAAGUGAGAUCCAGUUUCACAGAGGUAGAACAGAUCGUGAGCGGUCCGGGACUCAAUGACCUGACGUAUCUCAAAGCAUGUAUUGAUGAAGCGAUGCGAUUGUCACCGGCUGUCCCAGGAUCCAUCCCUCGUGAAGCAAUGGAAGGCGGCGCUGAAGUCGAUGGCGUCUUCUUACCAGCUGGUAGCGAAUGCGGCACACCUGCAUUCUCUAUCCAUCGUUCACCAGACUACUAUCGCGAACCAUUAUCAUACAUGCCCGAACGCUGGAUUGAAGGGGCAACAUGCCAGACUCAAUCCGGACAGCAAUCAUGGAAAACCACAAAGAAUGAAAUCGAAGUCGCGCGCAAUGCGUUUUGUCCAUUUAGUAUUGGACCCCGAGGAUGUAUUGGGAAGAGCAUGGCGUUGAUGGAGAUGCGGAUUACGCUGGCUAGGUUGAUGUUUUUGUUUGAUAUUGAGUUGGCUGAUCGGACCGGCGAGGAUACUGAUGGAUUCUUGAAGUUGACGGAUCAUUUUGUGUCGGCCAAGACAGGGCCAAAUGUGUUUAUUCGGCGGAGACAAGAUGUAUAAUCGUAUGAACUGAAUUGACAUAUUCAAUUAUCAACGUCAGUUUGUGCGUGUGU